GCUGGGGAUGUGGCUCAGUGGUUUAAUGCCCCUGGAUUCAAUCCCUGGUACCAAAUAAACAAAUGAUAAAAUAAAAUGAGGAGAGCAAAACACCUGCUUCACAGCAGUGCCAUUGGGAAACUCAGUAAAAUGGUGCAUGGUCAGUGCUUAUUAACGUAUUGUAAGCAUUUAAGAAAAGGAAGUUGUCAUUUGCCAGGAAGGUCCCUUGAGAUCUUGGAAGUAAAGUCAAGCCAGAGGUAUUAUUUUGCACACACUCAGAGUGAGAGGAUUUCUAUAGCUCAGAGCUCUUCAGGCCAAUGGAACAAAUGUAUUUGGUGUAAACACCUACUGUGUGCUAGGGCCAAACUACCUCAGAGAGCCAGGGAGGCCAAGUUCCUCCAUUUGAGCCCAAAGGUCAGUUGCUGGUUAAGUCUGCUGGUUUUUGCACUGUUAUUUGUCCCCAAUGUGGUACAGGAUGGGAGUUGUGUCCGUGUCAAAGGAGCCCAUUGUGAGGUCAGCCUAAGUUAGGCACACCCCUCAAAUGACAGGACCCAGUCCUUGACCUUCUCAAAAACCCUCACUAGCUCUCCAUUGCCCCUGGGAUAAACUCAGGCUGGCACACAAGGCCUUCCUACCCGUUCUUUCCACCAUGUGCUCCCACUACCACCACCCUUGUGUUCUACUGCACAAGCCCACCAGUCUUGUCACUUCACAGACCUCUUCAGAGUGUGUGCCCAGUGCACAUACUGGGAGUUAAGCAAGUGAUCAGAACAGUGCCACUCUUGCCCUUGGAGCUAUGUACUGAAGCCAGCCCUGAGGCCAACAUGCUGCUUGGGGCAUCUUUGGUGGGGUUGAUGGUGUUCUCCAAGCUGGUGCUGAGACUACCCUGGACCCAAGUGGGGUUCUCCCUGCUGCUUCUCUACUUGGGAUCUGGUGGCUGGCGCUUCAUCCGGAUCUUCAUCAAGACCUUCAGGCGUGAUAUCUUCGGCGGCCUGGUGCUCCUCAAGGUGAAAGCAAAGGUUCGACGGUACCUGCGGGAUCAGGAAACUGUGCCUGUGUUGUUUGCCUCUACGGUACAGCGCCACCCCAACAAGACAGCCCUGAUCUUCGAGGGCACAGACACCCACUGGACCUUCCGCCAGCUAGAUGAUUACUCAAGCAGCGUGGGCAACUUCCUGCAGGCCCGGGGCCUGGCUUCAGGCGAUGUGGCUGCCCUUUUCAUGGAGAACCGCAAUGAGUUUGUGGGCCUGUGGCUUGGCAUGGCCAAGCUGGGCGUGGAGGCGGCACUCAUCAACACCAAUCUCCGGCGUGAUGCUCUGCGCCACUGCCUUACCACAUCCCAGGCUCGUGCCCUUAUUUUUGGUAGUGAGAUGGCCCCAGCUAUAUGUGAGAUCCAUGACAGCCUGGACUCCUCACUUAUCCUCUUCUGCUCUGGCUCCUGGGACCCCAAUACAGUGCCCACUGGCACAGAGCACCUGGACCCUCUGCUGGAAGAUGCCCCCAAGCACCUACCAAGUCGCCCUAACAAGGGCUUCACAGAUAAACUCUUCUACAUCUACACAUCGGGCACCACAGGGCUACCCAAAGCUGCCAUCGUGGUGCACAGCAGGUAUUACCGCAUGGCUGCCCUGGUGUACUACGGGUUCCGCAUGAAGCCUGACGACAUUGUCUAUGACUGUCUCCCCCUUUACCAUUCUGCAGGAAACAUCGUGGGUGUUGGUCAGUGCUUGAUCCAUGGCAUGACAGUAGUGAUCCGAAAGAAGUUCUCAGCCUCCCGGUUCUGGGAUGAUUGUGUUAAAUACAAUUGCACAAUUGUGCAGUACAUCGGUGAGCUGUGCCGCUAUCUCCUGAACCAGCCACCCCGGGAAGCGGAGACCCAGCACCAGGUGCGCAUGGCUCUGGGUAACGGCCUCCGGCAGUCCAUCUGGACCAACUUCUCCAGCCGCUUCCACAUCCCCCAGGUGGCCGAGUUCUAUGGAGCCACUGAGUGCAACUGUAGCCUAGGCAACUUUGACAGCCAGGUAGGAGCCUGUGGCUUUAACAGCCGUAUCCUGUCCUUUGUAUACCCCAUCCGGCUGGUACGUGUCAACGAGGAUACCAUGGAGCUGAUCCGGGGACCUGAUGGCGUGUGCAUUCCCUGCCGGCCAGGCCAGCCGGGCCAACUGGUAGGCCGCAUCAUCCAGCAAGACCCUCUGCGCCGCUUUGAUGGCUACCUCAACCCGGGUGCUAACAACAAAAAGAUUGCUAAGGAUGUCUUUAAGAAGGGGGAUCAAGCUUAUCUCACUGGUGACGUGCUGGUGAUGGAUGAGCUGGGCUACCUGUAUUUCCGAGAUCGCACGGGCGACACAUUCCGCUGGAAAGGGGAAAACGUGUCCACCACCGAGGUGGAGGGUACACUCAGCCGCCUACUGGACAUGGCUGAUGUAGCUGUAUAUGGUGUUGAGGUACCAGGAACUGAAGGUCGGGCCGGAAUGGCUGCCGUGGCCAGCUCCACAGGUAGCUGUGACCUGGAGCACUUUGCAGAGGCCUUAGAGAAGGAGCUGCCCCUGUAUGCCCGACCCAUCUUCCUGCGCUUCCUGCCUGAGCUGCACAAAACAGGGACCUACAAGUUCCAGAAGACAGACCUACGGAAGGAGGGCUUUGAUCCAGCUGUUGUGAAAGACCCGCUUUUCUACCUGGAUUCCCGGAAAGGCUGCUAUGUCCCGCUGGACCAAGAGGCCUAUGCCCGCAUCCAGGCAGGCGAGGAGAAGCUGUGAUUUGCCCCCCACAUCCCUCUGAGGCCAGUGAUGCUGGAUCCAAAGCCUCAGCUUCCACUCAGAGGGGUUCUGGGUGAUGCCAGACCAAAGCAAGCAGGGCCACACCUCCUCCCUGAGGUGCUGACCCCUCCCUCCACAACUGCCAAGUGACUCACUGCCGCCUCCACACCCUUGCAUAAGCUUUCUGUGAAAGCUGCAUGUCCAAGUGAUCUUCUGGGCCCCAGGCUGAGACUAACGGGGGGGGGCCGCCUCAGGAUGAUGUCUUGGGUCAGGCAGGACAGGGAGAGGCAUAGGGGUCACAAAGCUCCCUCCAAAGAACAGGGGCUUUUCAUAAACGGGACCAAGGCAGAAGCCUCCAGACUCAGGAAGCCAAGCGAUUGGGCAGGAACAGUAAUGGCCAUCAAUCUGAUGACCAGAAAGAAUCUGCCCCAGAGCUGCCCACCCCUCUAGGUGGAGAGGAGGAAGACCCGACGUGGCCCCACCAUGCCUCACCUGCAGCAGGAGGUCAGGACACCAACCCUUAUCUCUCCAAACUCCUACAUCUUCAUCUGCUUGGGAGGUACCUGGCUGUCUUACAGGCCCUGUCUGUAUGGGUCAGCGUCACUGUCUCCAUCUCCUUCCUGGCCUGGCUAUGAGAGGAGGAGGAAUGGGAGGGUGGCCCUCAGGCCAAUAAACUCUGCCUUGAUGCCUCCUA